CCUCAAGCCUCGUUUCGGUCUUUCUGACUAAAGAUGCCGAAGCAGAAGUUUGAGAGGAAGAAGUCUUCUAUGAAUGAUGUUAUUACUAAGGAAUGUACCAUUCAUCUACACAAGAAAGUCUAUGGCGUGAAGCUGAAGAAAAAGGCACCAAAAGCCAUAAAAAAGAUCAAGUUGUUCGCCGAAAAGAUGAUGCGAACCAGGGACGUUCGUAUUGACACAAAGCUGAACAAACACAUUUGGUCUAAAGGUAUCCGACAUGUACCUUUCCGCGUUCGUGUUAAGCUUUCUCGCCGACGUAAUGAAGAUGAAGAUUCACCACACAAACUCUACACACUUGUCUCUCAUGUUCCAUGUGCUACUUUCAAAAAUCUUCAGACAAUGAAUGUAGAUAAUGAAUGAAGAACUUUUUUCUCCAUCCGUGUUAACGAACACGUGGCUCUCAAUUCCCCCGAUUGGCCUUAUUAACCAAUUUGGCUUCGUUUAACAACACAAGGGAAAAAGACACACCUGUGAAAAAUGACUGUUUAGACUUUAAUUUUUUUUUUCUAAUUAUUCUAAUCAGAAAUUGUUCAUUUUCACGCAAUGCGUGUCAAGAAUAAAGGAGUGUAUUGGAGGUAUAA